AUGAUUAGUAAAAAUAUUAUCGAUUUAUUGGAAAAAAGAAAUAAUGAAUAUAAAAAUAUAGAAAAUAAUAAAUAUCGCUGUCAAUAUGAAAGUAAACAAGUUAUAUACGAAUAUAUAUAUAAUUCUAACAUUGUAGAGAAUAAUAAAAAUGUAGAAGAAAAUGAAAAAUGUGAUAAAAAAAUAUCAUAUAAUUGUUGCUCUUUAGAUAUAGGGGGAACAUUAAUAAAAUUGGCUUAUUUAAAUAAUAUAUAUAUUAACACUAAUAAUGAAGAUAGAUAUAGACUUAAAAAUUUAGGGAUAAAAAUCGAAAACGAUAAAUAUUUAUUUGUUGAUUUUUUUAGUGUAAAUAAAUUAAAUGAAGCAUUAAAUUUUAUAAUAAAAAAUAAUUUAAUAAAAGACAAAAAAAUUAUAUUAACAGGAGGAGGGUCAUAUAAAUAUUACUAUAAUAUAAUUGAAAAAAUAAUACAUGAACAUAUUUUAAAAAAAUUUAAUAUAAAAAAUAACGAAUAUAUUUUAACAAUAUCAAAAUAUCAAUAUUGUGAAGAAAUAUCUACCUUAUAUAUACAAUUGCAAUUAAAUAGAAAUCACAAAAUAAAUGUAUCGAACCAAAUAAAAUUCGACAACAUAUUUUUAACUAACUUUGGUAAAUAUGAGCGUCUUGUUAUAUAUAUAGAAAAUUUUGAAAAAUCAAAAAAUAACAUGAAUAAGAUAUUAAAUAAUGAUGAUGUUGAUGAAAUAAAAAACAAUUUUAUUUAUAAUACAGAACUACUUCUAGAAGUUUGUAGAAAAGAUGAAAUGUAUUGUGUUAUUAAUGGAAUAUAUAAAUUAUUCAAUGUAAAAAAAUCUAUUAUAAAAUAUGAUAAUAUAUUAAAAGCACAAAUACCAAUACAAAUCAAAUCACCACUUUAUCCAUUUAUUAUAGCCAAUAUUGGAUCCGGAAUAUCUAUUUUAAAAUCGGAUUCUUAUAAUUCUUUUAGUCGAAUAUCAGGCACAUCAAUUGGUGGGGGUACAGUUAUAGGGCUAGCUACAUUAAUAUUUGGGAAAAUUUCUUUUGAUGAUUUAGUUAAAUUAUCAUAUAAAGGAAAUGGAAAUCUUGAUUUAAAAUUUAAACACUUGAAAAAUGAUGUAGGAAGUAAUGAAUGUGUAAAAGAUAAUACAUUGGUGUCGUUGUUUGGGUUAGUCAAUAAUAUACUUGAAAAUAAUAAAGAAAAUAAAGAUCAAACAGAACAAAUUAAUCAAGAUAUAGCUAGAAGUCUAAUUUUAAUGGUAUCAUAUAAUAUUGGCUAUUUGGUAUAUUUGCUAGCCAAAAUACAUUCAGUAAAGAGAAUAUUUUUUUCGGGAAAAUAUAUAAAUAAUAAUGAAUAUAUUAUGGAAUCAAUAACAAAGGGUGUAUAUUAUCAUUUCCGUCAUUAUAAUAAGACUAUUGAAAAUAUUGGAUGUUUCAAUAAUGCACCAAAAAAUAUUAAUAAAAAAAAUUUAUUUAAUAAUUAUGACAAUAUAGUAGAUAUGUCUUGCUAUAAACUUGAGGUUAUAAAAGACGAUUUUCAUUUGCGAUCUUACGGCCAAACGAGUAAAGAUGAUACAAUACCCGAAGUUCUUUUUCUUAAACAUGAUGGAUUUUUAGGAGUUAUCGGAGGUUUUUUUUCUUAA